CAGCAGCAGUCACAGACAGAGAGGACGGAGAGCAUGUUAGUGAACGAGGGAGAGGAAGGGAGUCAGAGGAAAGCUGAGAGAUGCAAUGCUUCACAGUCUGUGGACUCCUCUGCUGCAAAACUCUUCUCAUUAAACAGCACCUUGUGUUCUGGAAGAUCAACGCAUUGAUGCAUUGCAGGAGCUGGGGAUGCAGAUAGUUCACCUUGGACUCAAGUCCAACAGUACCAAUUUGGACCUUUUUGGGAUCUACCAACUAAGUCGCCUUCCUCAAAGAGCAGCAUUGAUUCCGCCGUUCCAAGCAAAAGUAGACAGCGUCCGUUGUCUCGUAAGAACUUACCAAACCGAUUCUGAUCUUGAAGAUUUGAAGGCGCUCACCCUGGAAGCCCAAAAGGCCACCACCAAGGAUUCACCAAGGAGUCCAGGAGCCAACGUGACCUUGGAGCAAUUGUCACCUGAAUCCACUCUGGAGGCGCCCAGCAUGUCUCAAUCCAGAGGGCGUUUACACAAUAAAAAAGCCGGCAUUCGAGCUGCUGUCAUCCUGAUUGGACUCUUACACAAGUCUCGUAAAGCCAAAGAGAAGGAGAAGGAGAAAGAAGAGAGUGAAGGGAAACAGGAGCUGUUGAACAUCUCCAACGUCCCUCUAGGAGAAUGUCCCCCAUCACCGCCUCGCACCGCUCCUCCCAGCAUGAAGUCUGCGGAAUUCUUCGAUAUGCUGGAGAGAAUGCAGGUCCCUAAAGUUGAAGAGACCAAAAAAUGGAAGGAUGACUAUAUUCCCUAUCCGCGGAUAGAAGAUGUCCUAGAAAAAGGUGGCCCAUACCCCCAGGUAAUCUUGCCACAAUUUGGUGGCUACUGGAUUGAAGAUGCAGAGGCACCAGCUGGGACACCCUCGUCUUCAGAGUCCAGUUUCUGUGAAGACGAAGAUGGAGGAGAAGGUAUGAGUCCCGGUGAGGGACACAGCUAUCGUCUGGAGUGCAACAGCACAGCACGGGCCUAUCGCAAACACUUUCUGGGCAAGGAGCACAUGAACUACUACUGCACUGGCAGCAGCAUAGGGAACCUCAUCAUGUCCCUGAAGCAUGAGGAGGUUGAGGGCCAAGAAUUAUUGCGCAUUAUGCUCAGGUCAAGGACCAAAACAGUCCAUGAUAGAAUAUCCUUAGCGGGCAUAAACCAGCUUCCUAGUGUACCUCAGAUUGCAAAACUUCUAUGUGACGAUGCCACAGGAUUAAAGUUCAACCCAGCUCUUUACCCUCGAGGAUCUCAGUUGAUCGUAGCUUUCGAUGAGCAUGAGGUCAACAACACCUUCAAAUUUGGAGUGAUCUACCAACAAUUUGGACAGACAUCUGAAGAAGAGUUGUUUGGGAACAAUGAAGAGACUCCAGCUUUCAAGGAGUUUCUCAGCAUACUUGGUGACACCAUUGAACUUCAGGAUUUUAAGGGAUUUCGUGGCGGGCUGGAUGUGUCCCAUGGACAGACAGGGACUGAAUCAGUCUACACAGUUUUCAGACAAAGGGAGAUUAUGUUCCACGUGUCAACCAAACUUCCUUUCACCGAUGGCGAUGUCCAGCAGCUUCAGAGGAAAAGGCACAUAGGGAAUGACAUUGUGGCGGCGGUUUUUCAAGAAGAGCCUACCCCCUUUGUUCCUGACAUAAUUGCCUCCAACUUUCUGCAUGCCUAUGUGAUAAUCCAAGUUGAGAACCCAUGUACGGAGAACACGACGUACAAGGUAUCUGUCACUGCUCGGGAAGAUGUACCUCCCUUUGGACCCCCCCUUCCGAACCCAGCUGUCUUUAAAAAGGGCCCAGAGUUCCGAGAGUUUCUUUUGACAAAGCUGAUCAAUGCGGAAAAUGCCUGCUACAAAUCUGAUAAGUUUGCCAAACUUGAGGGUCGAACGCGAGCUGCGUUGCUUGACAACCUUCACGAUGAGAUUCACAGACAAAGUCAGGCCACUCUGGGUUUGAGAGAAGCGGAAGAGGAGGACAAGUUGGAGAAUGGUGGACAUGGAGGUCUGCUGGAGUCCUUCAAGAGGGCCAUGCGUGUGAGGAGUCACUCAAUGGAAACUGUGGUGGGAUCUAAUCGGCUAAGGAGCCCCGGUGGCGGAGGGGGUGUACCACCCAGUUUAAGUGGAGGAGCAAUGCCACAGAGUACUAGUGAAUGUACAAAGAGCACCUACAAUCCUCCUGCAUUGUCAACCAAAUCUUCCUUAAAGAGCCCAGUCAAAAGGCGAUCUGGACUCUUCCCUCGUCUCCACUCCAGCAUCGAAACUCCGUCCGAAAAAUGCACUCGAAGUGACCAAAAGUCUACAGAGGUCUGCCCACUGUCCCAGGAAGUGAGGUCAGAGACAUUAUCCAACCCCAGCUCACCUGAGAUCUGCCCUAACAAAGAAAGGCCUUUCACUAAAAUGAAGGAAAGCGCGAGGCCCAACAUUUCCCGGUCGUCAUCAAGCACCAGCAGUUUUAGCAGCAUUACUGGAGAUCCAGAAGCUUUGGAAGAUUUAGAGACAGCUAGCCAUCCCUCCAUAGCAUCAUCUUCUGCCUUCAGUCCUUCAAUCAGCAUCGACAGCCCCGUGUCAGGAACUCCUAUCAUCAUGUGCCGCAGCUCCACAGAUGGGAAAAAUAAGACAUCACCGAGGUCCAACUUGAAGUUCAAAUUUGACAAAAUCAGUCACUCGUCCACAAAUUCGGAGUAACUUGAGAGGGCCCGUGACUGGAGCUGUGCAAAACACAACCAGAAUCUCAAAAACCAAAUCAUUGUAAAACCACGUCCCCCAAGCCACGGUUGAUCAGGCAAGACUAGCAAGGACACCAUGGUCCCCAAAAUAACUGGCAAUACUGUGAGUGUAUAGCACCAAAUUGUAUUUUUGAGGUUCUUUUUGACAGACUUUUGGCAGACAGGAAUAAUUUAAUAUUUUACCAAUGCUCGGUGCAUUUACACGAUGUGGUAAAUUGUUCAUAUCGGAUUUACUAACCCUGGCCAGGCUGUAAUACUGUGAUUGUUGCGGUGAGCUCGACUCUGUCCAAAGCUUUUAUCCAAUUAGUCCGUGUUAGCUUAACACCGUACCCAGGUUUAAUGGGAACAUAAGCUAAAGGCUUAUUAAGGUUUUUAGCUUGUCGGCUGCUGGCCAGUUUAGAGGUUAAGGUGUGCCCCAUGUCUAAAAAUGAUCUGGCAAAUAGAUCCUAUUGAAAUAAAAUCAUACGUUCAUUAGUGAGGUAUUGGAAGUGUAUCAGUGUAGGAUUUGUUGUGUGUAUGAAAAUGUUCUUUUGUAGGACAUUUUUUUUGUUACCUUGCUCGCUGCUGCACUAUGACCGCUGCCGGAAUUCAGUCGUCCCGUGUGAUAGUAUUUUUUAUUUUUGUCAGGAUGUCAAAUCCCGCAAUCCAUGUGCUUGUUUUGCUGAAAAAUGUUGUGCAGUACGUGGUACUGCAUGAAUAUUUCAAAAUUUUAUUCUCUACUCGUAUUGUAACUGCGUAUUACUUUUAUUGUGUGUCAGGAUAAAAUCACCCGAGAGAGGUUUCACUCUUUUCUUUUCUUUUUUAAACAGAUUUUUGCACUCUGAAAACAUUCUUGCUAGCUCACCGUACCUGUGUACUAUGUGUAUGAUAUGUUUUCCUGUCAUAACUUGAUGACAUGAAAAAGGCUGAAUUAACCUUUUAACCAGUUCUGGCAAAAACAUAAUGAAUGUGAAAUUGAAGUGAUUCUGUUUUUAUGGCAUCCAUUAAAUGUGCAAUGCCAAGGUAGUUGCUUACAUGCACAACUAGGCAAGACUAGUUUAAAUUAUGGAUUUUUGGGGCAUCAGUUGGACAAAAGGGAGCUAGGGGAAAUACUACUUAAGAGUAUUCAUGCUUCCUGUGAUGAAACCCAAUUUUGGUUUCUAAAUGUUAUUUUGACAGAAUUAAUUUUUAUGAGAAUAAUUAUCUGGAGAAAAGAAAACAGGCAAAGACACCAGUUAAAAAUUGUAUUUCUCAUUGAGUUUGCAGCAGCCCUAAAUGCCUUGCCGCUUUUUCACUGUUAAUAUACUUAAUUUAUUAAAAGAUAUUUUUUUUAGUAUUGUAAAAAAUAAUUGAAAGGUACAUAAGGAAAUAUAACAGGAUGAGAGAUAUAUAUGAAUUUCAAAGGUGUCUAAUGUAAAUGUAUAUUUCGUUAUGUAAUGUGCCGCUGGAAAUGUAUUCAACAAAUAAAAUGUUGUAUUUUGUGUGA